CGAAAUUGAAGGCAAUGAAUGCUGUACGGUACGGUAGGUAUCGUUCGGUAGCGCGUAAGGUACCCUACAUAAUUUACGGUAUUGGUUGGGUACAUGGUAGGUAUUGGUACGCAUGCUGGUACGUACGUACUGACAGUCAAACCAAUAUUUGUUCCAAUUUUUUACGACCAUCAUCGAUUCUGCAACUUGAAACAGGCAAAGCAACCAUAACUCACCAUACCCCUUAGUCUACUUAUUGCCUACGGAUCGUUCUUCACAAACAAAAACAAAAACAGAAUGUUUCAAUUCACUGCCGCUACGUCAAUCGGCGCCGUUUUACUAACGAUGAUGGCUGCGCCGAUUGGAGCAUUUUUGCACAGGGACGGGCGAUCUAUGACGGCGGUGACAACAGACAGAGGGGGACUAGUGUCCAGUGUUCCUGCAUCGUUAUCUCAUGGGGCUUUUCGUCUUUUUGCCGAAACCUCUCCUGAGAGUGAUAACGAAAAGAUGCGUAUGUUCGAAUCAGAAGGAUGGAAAGGCAUUGCCGAAGAUCUUCGAUCCUUUCCCCUGUUUUGCAUAGCUACGGCCGAGGACAACCCUGUUGCAUACCAAAUCACCGUGGGAGAAGAGAAGACGUUCGACGUGCCCUUUUUCUACUGCGACGUCACCGAAGCUGCAGCAGCACUAGAGAAAGCUCAGGCAAGUUCGGACAAUGCGACAGAAGGUGUCGAUUUGAAAUUGCUCCCGUUCCCCCUGGAGCAAGCAUUUAAGUUGUGGUGCGGCGACAAAGCAGUGAUUAUUCCGAGCAAGGCAUCAAUUUUGCAAGCGGGGGCACCCGCGGGAACGAAUCCGAUUGGUCAGAGAGUACCAAUGUGGGCGUGCCUCGAUAUAGCCGAAGAGCAAGGAGAAGGUUUGCCGCCAAAGUUGCCAAUUUUCAUGGGUCUCGAAGACGCAAACGAUGCCGUUCUGGAGGCAGUCGGUGGAGACAGGGCAAAAGUAGACGACUUGGAGGUUGUCUGUUUGUCGCUGGAUGGAGCUAUCGAACAACUCGUCACCGCGGCGCCGGAAGAAGCACCCGGUUUUGCUUUCAUUCCACCGUCCAAAUCGAUGAAAUACAUCGAAGAAAAUGUUCAACAAUAAAUGAGUGCAAGAAUCUUUCUAUCUCUGUUUUGAAGCGUAGUCGUUUUGCGCAAUUGAGGAUUUGUUCCCUGGCUCUUUUCGCUGGCUUUAUGCCUCCAAAUGAAAACAUCACACGCUGCUUUGUUUCCACGUUCAGAUUGCUACUACUACUAGUAGUAGUAGUACUACAACUACUAUACCUGGUGGUCUGAUCAAGACUUGGCCCUUGCUUUUGCCCGUGCCUCAAGUAAAGAUGCCUGAGACGCGCUGGCGAUGCCCGUCUAGAGACCAAUCAGCCCUUCUUGAUUUUUUUCUCAUUCAGGUGGCUCAGUGCAUUCCUUUUACUACUAGGAAUCCUCCCUGCAUCACUUUUUCUUGCUUUAUUAAAUGCCAUUGAAGUUU